AUGUCGUCUACAACACAAGAAGGGAGAUCCGCACUGGCGAGGAUCUUCUCCAGUGUGUCUAUAUCGCAGCUCCUUGCUAUCGCUGUUGUCCUUUUCGUCGUCCAAUUCAUCGCCAAAGGAAUUCAGCGCAUCUACUUCCACCCGCUCAGCAAGUUUCCAGGACCGAAGCUCAGAGCCGCUACUCGUCUUCAGUCACACAUUGAAGUGUGGACUGGUGACAAACAUCGUUCGUUCGCUGAUUUGCACCGGAAGUACGGUCACGUAGUUCGCGUUAAUCCUGAUGAGCUUAGCUUCACGGAUCCAAACUCGUGGAAAGACAUUUAUGGUCAUGGUACGAAAGGGACUCCCGGUACCGUCCCCCACAAGACCUGGCAACGAUAUGGCCAGUCAGUCAAUGGAUCGCCCAAUCUCAUCCUGGCUCGCGACGCAGACCAUAACCGGCAGCGAAAGAUCUUCACCCCAGCUUUCUCAGACCGUGCUCUCAAGCAGCAGGAGCCACUCUUUCUGAAAUACACCCAGCAGCUUGUUGCGAAGCUAAAAGAUAGCAUUGUGCAAGACUCGGAGAAACCUUUCGAUAUGGUGAAGAUGUACAAUUUUACUACCUUUGACAUCAUGGGCGAUUUGACUUUCGGAGAACCUCUGCACAUGCUUGAAAACGCAGAGUACGAUCCAUGGGUCAGCAUCAUCUUCUCAAGCAUCAAGAUUGCAAGCAGAAUCAGCAUCCUCAUGAACUACGACAAUAUAUGGCGAAUCUUCAAGCUUAUUAGUCCCAAAGGAUCAAACAAGAGACGAUUCGAGCAUUUUCAAUACGCAGUCACGCGCGUAACCAAGCGUCUUGAAAAAGGUCGCGACACUGAAGGCGUGGACUUGUGGGACCUUGUGCUUGGUCAAAAAGAGGGCAAAGGCCUCACUAGAGACGAGAUGGACUCGAAUGCGUCCCUGUUCAUGAUUGCGGGCACGGAAACUACAGCCACGUUACUAUCCGGCCUGACAUACAAGCUGCUGAAGAACCCUGCAUGCAUGGAGAAGGUUGCGGAAGAGGUCCGCAGUGCUUUCAAAACCGGCGACGAAAUGACCAUGGAGGCACUCGCUGCGCUGCCAUACUUCGGUGCUUGCAUCAAGGAGGCCUUCCGACUGUACCCUCCAGUACCCCUUGGUCUUCCAAGAACAACCCCCGAAGACGGCAGCACAGUUUGUGGCCAGUUCAUCCCACCGAAGACUGUUUGCAUGAUACCACAGGCUGCAAUGUAUAGCCACCCGGACAACUUCAGGAACCCACACAGCUUCUUGCCAGAGAGGUGGCUGGGCGACCCGAGGUUCGAAGGCGAUCAGAGACAGUGCUUACAGCCAUUCUCCAUAGGCUCGAGAGAUUGCGUAGGAAAGAACCUGGCUUAUCAUGAACUGCGUCUGGUCAUGGCGAAGAUUCUGUACAAUUUUGAUCUCGAACUCAACCCCGAGAGUGAGGGCUGGGAGGAUCAGCAGACAUUUAUCUUGUGGGAGAAGAAGCCGUUGAUGUGCAAGCUCAAAGCAGUCAAUUAAUAGCAUGACGUUGCUCGCAUAGGUCAUUAUCACGGACCAAGUAGAUACACACAUCUACAACUCGAUACGAGCACACCGGAUGCAUGUAACCGAUGCCGACUUCA